AUGGAGUCUUCAGGUGAAAUCAGCGACUCCACCGACUGGUUGGGGACAAGUCUUCAACUUCUGGCGCCACUCGAGUCUGCACUACGAUGCCAAGUGUGCAAGGACUUUUUUAAUACGCCUAUGAUCACUUCAUGCUCCCAUACCUUCUGCUCACUAUGCAUUCGCCGCUCCCUAUCUGCCGAUAACAGGUGCCCGAUCUGCCGCGAUAGUGAUCAGGUACUGAAGUUGCGUCGCAACUGGGCUGUGUCGGAACUUCUAGAGACGUUCUUGACUGCGCGUCCUCAGGUGCUAGAGCUGGCUAGAAAGGAAAAAGCGCGCUUGGACCGGGGACAAGAUGAAUCACCAGAACCAUCUCAUAAAAAGCGCAAACGUGAUCGCCGGGAAAAACAGCAGGACGGAUCGGUGGUCGAGGCCAUUCCGGAACAACGAGCGACGAGGUCACGCAAUUCUAAUUCGAGAACAGUUCCAAUAGGAUCGCAACAGUUACCCGAGGUCAUCGAAGAUAGCCAGGAUGAAGGCGAUGACGAGGAUUAUAUACCAGUCGGCAUGGUCGAGUGCCCAAUCUGUCAACGAAAAGUCAAGGCAGAACUAGUGAACAGUCAUGUUGAUAGGUGUCUAUCUGGACAAGAAUCGCCGCAGAAGACGCCGCAAAAAAGUACAGCUUUCGGAAUUAUGCAACGCCCACUGAACUCCCCAUCAAACCAAAUAGGAAGACUCCCGACUCUAAAUUACGACCUCAUGAGAGACCCCCAGUUGCGGAAAAAGUUCAAAGAACUCGGCAUCCCUGGAGACGGGCCUAGGGAUCUCUUGAAAAGACGCCACACGGAGUGGAUAAACCUUUGGAACGCAAACUGUGACUCCGAAAACCCAAAAACCAGAUCACAGCUUCUUCGUGAAUUGAAGAUAUGGGAGGAUACGCAAGGUGGCGCUUCAACCGUGACGAGCUUUUCAGAGAGAAAUACGAUAACCAGCAAGGAGUUCGAUGCAGCUGGAUGGUCUGCAGACCAUAAAAGUGACUUCCAACGGCUCAUUGCCAGUGCUCGUCGGAAGACAGAUGCACAAGUCAGAUCCACAAUUCCUGGCGCGUCGGACUCAAGUGCAUCGUCAUCACAGCCCGAAUCCGCAAAGAAGGCGCAGGGCAACGGUAUCAGGCACCCGGACCAUCCCUGA